AUGGGAAGAAGCGUGGCUGCCUUUGCAGAGUCCUUGAAGACAAACGUUUCCCUAUACUUUCCUUUUCUGGUCUACUACCAGAUCUCCUACUACAAGUCUUCGAUCUUUGACCUCCAAGAGGUCGGGCAGCUGGCACGCGAUGGCUUUCCCGCUGACGUUCAGACAGUUCUGGGGCCUUCCUUACCGGCAGCCUCCUUGACCUUGAAAGCCUUGGUCUCUGCUGCUCUCAUUGCAGCUGAUCCAGAUGGCAUCUCGCCGCGCUCGAACUGGCUCUUGGUGGACGAGCCGGUGCAGUCCUGGCUAGGCCUGAACUGGUAUCACGAAGUCGGCGACUGCUUGCACCUGGUGAACGAAACCUGUUGGCCGCUCUUUGGGGCUCUGGCCAUGCUCAGGGACUCGGCCUGGCCGGUCAGCCCUACCGUGCGGCUAUGCUCGGAGGCUUCAACAUCUUUCUGGAGGGAGUUGCGGCUGGCACUCAGCUCAUACCAGGCGGUCCCCUUACUCGCCAGCUUGGAAUUGUUGGAGUCGCCGGAGGAGUGCCCCUCGAAUGUCAUUCUUCGUGCAGAUGCAAAGCUGGCCGUGGCUGAUUGGGCACGGCGUGAGAGUUUGCAAGAAGGCGGUGCAUUGGAGGGUGUCGGCGCAGCGAUUGAAGACGCUCAACUUCUGAUUCGGCAAGUUCUGGGAGGAUCAUCACUGCUGGGGAUGGAUGAGCUUUCGGCCUGGCCGGGUGGUUCGGAGCUCUUCUGGCUCCUGGACAGGCUUCAGUGCGCGACGGAAGUCCUGAUACGCUUGCAGAAGGGCCGUGCCUUUCUGGGAGCCGAAAACAUUGGCAUGAGAAGCGAUGCCGACAUCAGCUACACGUUGCUCCUUUUUCCAUAUCGAGAGCUGGUAUCGGACUUCAUUCGCGCCAGACGAGUGCCCUACUGCAACGAGUCGAUUCUGCGCGAAGUGGAGAAGCUGGCGAGCCGGCUGCAGAGUGCCAGGGCCCACAAGGUGCGCGUCGUUGAGGUCGGGGCGAAUCUCGGCGAUUGCUCUCUUUGGAUUGCCAAGCGACUGCAAGCGUUGCCAAGUCUGCGCAGCAUCAAGGUGGUGGCUUUAGAAGCGCUGCCGGACGCUGCCGCUCUUUUCCGGAAGUCGGUGGAGAAGAACGGUCUGGCCGAGGUGAUACAGGUGCUCAAUGUCGCUGCAGGCAGCCCUGGUCACGUGCAUCUCACGGCCAAGCCCAGCAGCUCCAACUCCUUCACUCUUGCAGCUCCCGGGGCUGAAUCCGAUGGUCAGUCGGUGCGCGUCAAAACGGAGCGGCUGGAUGACAUUGUCAGCUUCCGCACAAUCGACUUACUCAUCAGCCACACAAACGGGCAGGAGCUCGACAUACUCCGUGGCGCACGGCGCUUGGUGCAAAAGUCACGAGACCUGGUUGUGAUCCUGCAGCUGUAUGGUGCAAACGGAGGUGUCAUUCGCGAUCUGAGCUACGAGCCCUAUCGUCCCAUAAGGUGGUUGAUGGAUCAUGGCUUCCAUGUGGCAUUGGCCCGCAAACCGGGGCUACGACUGCGGACGCCUGGAAUAUUGCGACAUCACAUGGCCAUCACACCAAUUGUGAAUGCUGUUGGGAUUCCAAAACGCCGCCGACACCUGUGGCCCGGGAAAUCUCCUCCAGCUCCUCGUUCCCGUGUGUGUCUAAAUUUGACGGCUGGCGAAAGGCCGAACAGUUGGGCAGAGGUGGAUGGACGAGUCUUGCGAGAGAACCUGCACUUGGUCCGAAUCUACUUGGGUCGAAGCCUUGGUGGCUCGGGAUCUGCAGAGGCCCCACCCAUUGGUGCAGUUCUCAAAGCCAACGCCUAUGGACACGGCGCUGUUUUGGCAGGUCGCGUUCUGGCUUCGGCAAAGAUCGAUGCCUUGUUCGUAUCCGAGGUGGAGACUGGGUUGACUUUGCGUACCUCUCCGGAGGUUCCAAAGUCAUUGGCGAUUGUACUGUUGUACCGAGCACCCCUGGACGGAGUGAUCUGCCAACUUGCGGAGGCGAACAUCACCGUGUCCGUGCUGUCCAACGCCUGGCUCAGGGAGGCGAUCGGGUGGGCUCCGUGCGCAUCCAAGCUGAGGCUGCACCUCAUGGUCGACACGGGCCUGGCACGAGAAGGUCUGAGCGGGUUGAGACUCGAGGACCUUGGCGAGGCAACGGCUUCCAUUUUGGCGAAGCCUCACUGGUCCUUGGAGGGUCUCUACACUCACUGGUGCUGCCCGUAUGACCCCCUUGAGAUGCACCGCUCACACGCUCUCUUUGAGGGAGCGCUUGCUCUGGUUCGUGAGCUUCGGCGCACAGCAGGGUCGGCUGGCAACCAGCCAUUCACAGUGCACACCUCCAGCAGUUCCGCUGUAUUGCUCGGGGUUCACUAUGAUUUGCUGCGCGUCGGGGGCCUCCUUUUCGGCGAUCCGGUCGCGAUCGCAGAUGGCGCUGGAGGAGCUCUACACUUACCCGGGCCCCAUCGAACCCUUUUGUGGAAGAGUCGCGUCACUUCACUUCGUUGGUCGGUUCCUGGGGAGCGCUUCUCCAGAUGUUCCGCUGAAGUUGGAUGCGAAAAACAUCCGACGUUUCAGAAGAGAAUCUUAUUGGGCGUCAUUCCUGUUGGAGGCAACGAGUUUAGCGAUUCGAACGUUGUGAGCAGUUCCUUUCGCGAGAAGUUGCCGCUCCUUGAGAAGUCGCUGGACGGGUUGCUGGUGGAGAUCCCAUCGACAUCUCGCACUUUCCAGCAAGCCUCUGAAGGGAUGGAGGUUCUGCUUUGCGCGGAGAACUGCAUUCAGGGACUGUUCAACGUUCCUUCGCACGUGCCUCGAUUGCUGGCGCAAGAUCCGUCGAUUGACAUGCGGUUGUAUUGCCCGCCCGAAAUGGUCUUGCAAGCGCCGUACGCGCCUUCGGGAGACGGCUUUUAUCCAGUCGAGCUGAAUGGGGCAGUAUAUGACUCCUUCAAUUUACGAGUGGUUUUCGAGAGGGACAAGACGGGCUUCGAAGAGAGUAAGGAGUUCCCAAUCCGGACCAACAUGGUGGUGGCAGCGAGGUAUCAGAUCAUUGAGUACUUGGGAUCUGCUGCUUUUUCACGGGCGGUUCAGUGUUUAGAUCUGGACACGAACAAGAUGGUAUGCAUGAAGAUUAUCAAGAAUGACAAGGACUUCUUCGAUCAGUCGUUGGACGAGAUCAAGCUGCUCAAGUACAUCAACGUAAAUGGCGAUGUCGACUACUACAAUGUUUUGCGUCUUUACGACCACUUUUACCACAAGGAGCACCUGAUCAUCGUAACCGAGCUCCUCCGUGACAACUUGUACGAGUUUAGCAAGUUCAACCGGGAGUGCGGUGACGAGCCUUACUUCACCAUCGGCCGACUCCAGAAGAUUUCCAGACAGAUCCUUACUGCCUUGGACUAUGUCCAUUCAUUGCGGCUUAUACACUGCGACCUGAAGCCGGAGAACAUCCUUAUCAAGUCCUACAGCCGAUGUGAAGUCAAGGUGAUCGACUUUGGCUCCUCGUGCUUCAUCGACGAUCACCUGUCUUCCUAUGUGCAGUCUCGGUCAUACCGAGCACCAGAGGUCAUGCUUGGGCUGCCUUAUGACCAGAAGAUUGACCUGUGGUCACUGGGUUGCAUCCUCGCAGAGCUCUGGACAGGCUAUGUCCUGUUCCAAAACGAUUCUGUUCAGAGCUUGCUGGCUCGAAUACUGGGCAUAGUCGGAGAUUUCCCAUAUCACAUGAUGACCAGUGGAAAGUACGUCCCGCAGUAUUUCACGCAGGACGGACAGCUCUAUCAAGAAAUCGAGGGAGCACCGUGCCCUGAACGAGGGCGUCGCCUGCAUCUCCUGGUGCCAAAGAAGACGUCGCUUCGACAGAGGAUGCGGACCAACGACGAGCUGCUGCUUGACUUCUUGGAGAAGCUCUUGCAGCUUGAUCCUGCUCAGCGACCGACAGCCGCUGAGGCCAUGGAACAUCCCUUCCUGGCACCAGGGCGAAUCCCGGACUUCACAGAGGAUGCUGAGAUGCUCUCAUGGGCCGGAGUUGGCCUUGGCGAGGCAGAGUCCUACAAGGUCAUGUGUUCCAUGCGGAACUUGGCAGCGAAUCAAAAAGAUGGUCUCAACAAGCUCAGAUUCUGGGGCAAGAUCCUUGGCACGGAAGCUGACUACUAUGUUGCAGAGGCCCAACGAGAUGGCGGAGAGCCUGAUGAGAACGAUCCCGAUGCAGAACCUCCAGGACAGGGCGCCAACCAAUUCACCUACUACGUGACGAAUGACCUGGCCGGCGACUGGCGACGAUUGCCGGACAUCAAGCCUAAGGAGAUCAUCGCAGCGCGUGCCAUCAAGAGGCUAGUGACGGGAAACGCUGGCUCGAAGGUUAUCACACAUCCUGCCUUUGAAGGGGCAGAGGAGGUGUACCUCCGCGCGCAAAUUGCGAGAAUCACUGCAGACACCGUCAUCUGCAUGAAGGGCUACCUGAAGAAGGAGGAAGAAGAAGGAUCCCCCAUAGAGCAGAACGAGGAAUUUGUCUGCCCACCUCCGGCUGAGCUGCUCAGGAAGGAGGCUUGGACCCACAUGCUGCCUCACGUCCUCCUCAACGGGCGCACCACUCACAAGGAGAUUCCGGAGGGCGACACGCCGGAGGAACUUGACCUGGCUGCCAAGAUGAAGGAGGAGCAAGAAGCAGACCCCGAGCAGGAGGUGCUGCGAGGCUUGCAUGCAGACGGACUGCAGUGGACAAUCAAGCAGGCUGGUGACACUACCCUUUAUCGUGCUUCAGCUGAUCCAGCUGCUCCCUUGAGGUCAAACGCAGUGACGUACGUACGCUCGCUCGCCUGGCCGGGUGCAGUGACUGCAGUACGCAACGGGCAGUUCGUGAACCUGUAUGUUGGUUAUGGCCUGGCGGCGGGCAGCCCCAACUUCUUCCCCUUGGCACCUCCCGAUGUGCAGGAAGAGCCCGAGGACCGAACCAGACCAAAGCUUUUCGCAAGUGAGCCAAGAAACCAAGAGAAGCUUUUCAGGCCAUAG